AUGGAUUUGGGUCUCGAGAACUUGACGGCCACUGAGGAAGCUCAAUGGAAUAGUACUCCAGCGUUCAAAUUGCCUGGCUGGGCGGAGCCAUUGAUUGUUCUUGUGAUUCUCUUCGGGGCCAUGUUCAUGACGAGGAAGAGAGACUAUCGUAUCUUUGGAAGGAGACCUAGCACAUACAAGUCAGGUCUGGGCAGUGAUGACACUGCAUGCUUCUGUGGCGAGUUUCUAGGUCAUGACAAGCGAUGCGAGCACGAUACACAAGAAUAUAUGGUUGCAACGAACCAUACGAGCACGAAGCGAAAACUGCUCGGCUUCACCUUCGAAGCACCCAAGACGUCCAGAUUCAGAAACAACAUGCAUAGCCGAGUGCUGCAGCGCUUUCUCUUCUUAUUGGAAAUGUUUUACUGGGUCAUCAACUACUUGUUCUAUCGCAUGACUGCCAGCCUCAAUGGCCUUGCUGUGCUCAAGAUCGAGCAACAGGGACUUUUCAACUACAUGUUCCCACGCGAGUUAGACAUACAGCAGUGGUUCAUGCACAACCACCAAGCUGUAUUGAGUAUCUUGAACAAAGUAUACGCUUUGAUACACAUACCCGGGACUGUUGGCUUCAUCGCAUGGUACUAUUACGUUGCACCGUCGCAUUCGACAUUCGCUACGGUACGUCGCACUAUGAAUCUGACCAACUUCAAGGCGUUCACGACGUACAUCUUGUAUCCUUGCAUGCCUCCGCGACUGCUCCCAAAAGAAUAUGGAUUCUUGGAUACAGUCAGGCAUGACGAUGCGCAGUCAGUGUGGAUGAGCGGCAAAUACGUCAACAGUCUCGCUGCUAUGCCGAGUAUGCACUUUGGAUAUGCUUUCUGCAUCGGCUGCACUUUGGUAUACCAUUCAGGGGUAUUCCGGAAGAAGCUAGAGUAUGGCGAAGUGCGCAAACCUUGGGCGAGGAGAUUCUUCUAUGUUGGGCUUGGAGUUGGCUAUCCGAUGAUGAUUCUGAUCACGAUCAUAGCGACGGCCAACCACUACUUUUUGGAUGCUGUGGUUGCGACAGCGUACGUGUUGAUUGCGUUCAUGGGAAACAAGGUGUUUCAUAUUUUUGUUCCUCUCGAAGAUUGGUUGCUGUGGGUGAUCCGGGUAGAGAGACCAGUUCCCAGUACAGGCGAGAGAUACAGUCCAGUACGAUAUCGUAUGUAA